UGUUAUAUCAACUCCGGCUAACACCGCAAUAGUAUUUGCCGCAGUUAGUAUUCGCCAGUAGAUUCGAGCAGUUUUGGAAUUCACGAAAGCACAAGUGAUGAUUGUCAAGGGAAUAUUAGGAGUGCUAUUGGCUGUCGGUGCCUCCUAUCACUUUGUAGGUCCAAUCCUGCUGAACGAUAAGCCUCAUGCGAUCCCAAGGCUACCAGAAAAGAACUGGGGACCAGCUGGGGUUAAAGAGGAUACUUCGAUCAGGCCCUUCAAGAUUGAUAUCCCCAAAAAUGUAAUCGAGGAUCUCAAGCACCGAUUAUCGAACACCAGGGAUUUAACCCCACCUCUGGAGAAGACCGGCUGGACCUACGGAAUCUCCGGUACAUACCUCAAAACAGUACUCGACUACUGGAGGAAUAAAUACGAUUGGUAUAAACGUCAAGAGCUGCUCAACAAGUUCCCGCAGUUUAUCACGAGAAUUCAAGGUCUUGAUAUUCAUUAUAUUCACGCGAAGCCAUCGACGACCGUUCAGAAUGGGAAGACGUUGAGGAUUCUUCCACUCUUGUUGGUGCAUGGCUGGCCAGGAUCUAUUGUUGAAUUCCAGAAGAUCAUUCCGAUGUUAACGACCCCACGGGCUGAUGCUGAUUUCGUUUUCGAAGUUAUUGCUCCAUCGUUGCCGGGGUAUGGAUUCUCACAGGGAGCCGUUCGUCCGGGUCUCGGUCAUGCUCAGAUGGGCGUGAUUUUCAAAAACCUGAUGACUCGUCUAGGAUUUAAUAAAUUCUACACGCAAGGGGGAGACUGGGGAAGUGCAAUUACUGCUGACAUCGCAAUACUAUUUCCAGAAAGGGUGCUAGGAUCCCAUUUGAAUAUGUGCUGGGUGUCGGGUGGUCGGGCCAUGUUCUGGCAGUUACUUGGAUCCUACUUCCCAUCUCUAGUGAUCGAGCCAGAGCACGCCUCAAAGUUUUACCCGAUGUCAAAGCACUGGUCCAGAACAAUCGAAGAAUCUGGAUAUUUCCACAUUCAAGCGACUAAACCGGAUACUGUCGGAGUGGGGCUCAACGAUUCUCCAGCCGGCUUAGCAGCCUACAUCCUGGAGAAAUUCAGUACCUGGACGAAUCCAGAGUACCGAUUCCGUGAGGACGGCGGUUUAUCAGAGAAAUUUACAUUAGACGAACUUCUCGACAAUAUCAUGGUCUAUUGGGCAACAAACUCAAUCACAACGAGUAUCAGACUGUACGCCGAGAGUUUCAUAGCUGAAAAUCGCGAUAAAUUCGAUCACCUCCAGUCGUACGUACCAACAGCUUGCGCUGUGUCCCCUCAUGAGAUCCUAUACAUACCCAAAGAAAUCGCCAAGUUGCGGUUCAAAAAUUUGACUCAGUUCAACCACUUGCCACGUGGAGGUCACUUUGCGGCCUUUGAGGAACCGAAAACCCUGUCGGAUGAUGUCUGGACAUUCGUCAAAACCCUCGAGAGGGCUUGAAAUUAUCUUUUCUCAGUUUACAUUUCGAGAAAAUUCAGCGAUAAUAAAGAAUUGAUUUAUAUA